CUGUAGUCAUAAAAAAAAACAUUCAGCCUUUUCUUUCGAGUCUGAAGCAAAACAAAGAAGAGUCACCAUGGUUGAGUGGACUGACAAGGAGCGCAGCAUCAUCAAAGGCAUCUUUGGCAGCAUGGACUACAACCAAAUGGGGCCGAGGGCUCUGAUCAGGUGUCUGAUCGUUUACCCCUGGACUCAGAGGUAUUUCGGUAGCUUUGGUAACCUCUGCAGCAUCGAUGCCAUCAAGUCCAACGACAAAAUCGCAAAGCAUGGCGUCACUGUGCUGCGCGGUCUGGACCGGGCCCUGGACAACAUGGACAACAUUAAGAGCACCUAUACCGAGCUGAGCGUGCUGCACUCCGAGAAGCUGCACGUGGACCCGGACAACUUCAAGCUUCUGUCUGACUGCCUGUGCAUCGAGAUCGCUGGAAAAAUGGGGUCUGACUUCACAGCAGAAAAACAUGCUGCCUAUCAGAAGUUUAUGUCUGUUGUGGUGUCCGCUCUGGGAAGACAGUACCACUAAACUUGGCAAAGCAAUACAACAAGACGGCAGCUCACGUCUGUCAUGUGUCAACUGAAUAAAGAAAUAAAAGCAAACUGAGGAAAAGUUA